AUGCCACCGUCAGCUUCGUCAGUGGAUUUUUCCAAUCUGCUGAACCCACAGUCCGACUCUGUCGACUCAACAGUUAAUACAUCUUCACCUGCUACCACCGCUACUCCCGGUACAGACUCCAACUCAGACAAGGAAAUGGCUUCCUCCGUCAGUCUGCUCCCACCACUCAUGAAAGGUGCCCGCCCCGCCGCGGAGGAAGUGCGACAGGAUCUGCCUCGUCCAUACAAGUGUCCUCUUUGUGAUCGUGCUUUUCAUCGUCUAGAGCACCAAACUCGUCACAUCCGUACUCACACCGGCGAAAAACCCCAUGCCUGUCAGUUUCCUGGCUGCACGAAACGCUUCAGUCGUUCAGAUGAAUUGACUCGUCACUCGCGCAUCCACAAUAACCCCAACUCGAGAAGAAGUAACAAAGCCCAGCAUAUCGCAGCUGCGGCUGCCGCCGGUCAGGAUUCGGGUAUGCUCAAUGCCGCUGCUUCGAUGAUGCCUCCUCCCAGUAAACCCAUUACCCGGUCCGCCCCAGUUUCUCAGGUCGGAUCUCCAGAUGUGUCUCCUCCCCACUCAUACACCAACUACACCUCACAUUUGCGGGCAGGUUUGGGUCCUUAUUCACGCAACAGCGACCGUGCUUCAUCCGGUAUGGAUAUUAAUUUGCUCGCGACUGCUGCUUCUCAAGUUGAGCGUGACCACUACGGAGGAUCUUCUCGUCAUUAUCCUUUCAGCUCUCGAUACUCGGGUGUUCCAGGUCGUCUGCCAUCGCUUUCUGCAUAUGCUAUUUCUCAGAGCAUGAGUCGGUCACAUUCUCAUGAGGAUGAAGACAACUACGGGCAUCACCGGGUUAAGCGCUCUCGUCCCAACUCACCAAACUCGACUGCGCCAUCCUCACCUACUUUCUCUCACGACUCAUUGUCACCCACGCCCGACCAUACUCCUCUUGCAACACCAGCACAUUCGCCUCGUUUGCGUCCUUAUGGUGCCGCUGAUUUGCAAUUACCUUCUAUCCGUCAUUUGUCGUUACACCACACUCCAGCACUCGCACCAAUGGAGCCCCAAGCCGAGGGACCUAAUGUUUACAAUCCCGGCCAACAACACGGUGGACCCAGCAUUACCGACAUCAUGAGCAGACCUGACGGCACACAGCGCAAACUUCCUGUUCCACAAGUACCCAAAAUCCCGGUACAGGACAUGCUGGCACCGAACGGGUACUCAUCCAACACUCCAUCCGUCAACGGAUCCGUGAUGGAGUUAUAA